CCACUAAGUUAGCUAACUAAGAUAGCAUUGGUGUAAAACAUUAACCUUCACUCUUCCCUUGUCCUUCUGCACAACCUGCAAACCUGCACCAUUCUCCCCCACUCUCUUCUUCUUCAUGGCAGAUAAGGUCAAGGAGCUCAUUUCAAGAUGUCUUCAGGCCCGGGACAUGGCUUACUGUCCUUAUAGCAGCUUCCCUGUUGGUGCUGCCUUACUGACGACAGAUGGUGCUAUAAUUACAGGCUGCAACGUGGAGAAUGCAUCCUACGGUCUGACGGUGUGUGCUGAGCGUACAGCCAUCCAGAGGGCCGUGGCAGAGGGACACAAACACUUCACUGCAAUUGCUGUCACAUGCGAUGUCAAAGACAGUUUUGUCGGACCGUGUGGAGCGUGUCGACAGGUUCUCAUGGAGUUUGGGUCAGAGUGGACCAUCUACUUGACAAAGCCAGAUGGAUCGUACAAAGAAAGCAGCCUGACUGAGCUGCUGCCCUCUGCCUUUUCCCCAGCCCACCUCACAAAGAACUGACAGUUUGCCGUAACGCCAACAUAUUUGCAGUGAAUUAAACAUGGAAGAAGCCUAUGUGAAUUUAUUUAUAGUUUACAUUGUGGUUAUUUUGGGUUUAAUAUUUUAGUUCUGUGUAUUUUUACACACUUUCCUCUCCAUCAUUAUUAUUAUUAGCAUUUUGAGUAUGUCAGAACAGGUGAUCAAUACUGCAAAUUUUGCCGUUGACCCAUAAAUACACGGCCAGUUUUGCUGAUACCGAUAUAUAUUUUUACUUUUACUUGAUUUUUGCCUUUAAUUUGUUGAUUGUGAUUCUACUUCCUGUGGUUUUUUUUAUUGUCAUUGGGAGAAUAGGAGAAUUAUGGGUGGGACCAGUCUCGUUUGGGGCGUACCUGCAGUACAUGAGAGAAUAUAUUUCUUGAGCUAUCCCUUCAAUUGAGAGCUGUCCUAUCUAGUCUUUGAGCAUGAACUGAUGAGAAGCCAACACAGCUGUGAUGUACCCCAUGUUGAAAAUGAGUUUAACACCCCUUGUUUAUACAUUAAUGGUUGUGUGUCGAGUUAUUUUAAGAGAACAGUAAAUUCACAUUAUUGUCCAAGCUGUACACUUUACAUUGUGACCAAGUGUUGCUUCUUUAUUGUCCUGUGAAAAAAUAUAAUACUGUCGUGCUUGGUUGCCGGUACAUAAUUCACUCCGGAACGAUCGAUAGGAGAGUGGUUGCCACCCGGAGGGGUGGGCGCGAGGGACAGGGGUUUCCCCGCUUUUUCCUGUUGUGAUUGCGAGACCGCAUUCAGGUCUCACGUGGCAAAGAGUGAAAGUUAGUGUUUGUGAAGGGAAUAAAGUUUUCCCCCAAAUUCGACACCAUAUAGUCGCUAUAUAGCAGUAGUCGCUUUUGUAACAUUCUGUAUGAAAUGGUUUUAUCAACAAACACAAUGUA